AUGGCAUCCCUCGUCUUUAAUCCCGCCGUUCACGUGGCAAUAUCAAUAAUCCUCCUCAUGUCCCCGGCCACAAACUCAUUCUCCCGGCCCCUAUCGGCCUCCGAGGCAAAGUCGAUGAGCCCAGGCUCCGGCAUGGGCUUGGGCUGUCCCCAGGCCACAAACCUCCAUUUCUACUUCCACGACAUAGUCAGCGGGCCCAACCCGACGGCCGUGCGCAUCGCGGCCCCAAGAGCCAACUACUCCAUGUUCUUCGGCACACUUGUGAUGAUCGACGACCCGUUGACCUACGGGCCGGACAUGAGCUCCGGCAUCAUGGGCCGGGCCCAAGGGAUGUACGGGUCGGCGGAUUUAGAGGUUGCGGGCCUCGUGAUGGUUCUCAACUUUGUGUUCACCGACGGGGAUUACAAGGGGAGCACGUUAAGCUUGCUGGGUCGCAAUGCCGUUAUGGACAAGGUGAGGGAGAUGCCCAUUCUCGGGGGAACAGGAAAGUUCCGGUUCGCGACAGGGUACGCACGAGCUAGAACAUAUCACUGGGAUUUCACCACGGGAGAUGCCGUUGUUGAGUACCACGUCACCGUUUUCCAUUACGGGCAAGCCUAG